AUGCCCUCCUACGGACGCCAGCGCCCUCAGAGACCAUCCGCAGGGGCUGCGGCGCGUCUAGGGGGCCCUCUCAGGGACAAUGAUAUCCCCAGGACCCCUCCCAGGGACGUAGUUGCUCGCAGGGGCCAUCCCAGGGGCCCUACAAUAGGCGCCUUCUCCCAGGAGCCCUAUUCUUUGCUUGGUCGUGGUGUCGGGCAGCAGCGCACCCAGUCGCCCUCCUUAGCAUGGGCGCCGACUCCAGGGGCCCUGCCAAAGGCCUCAGCGCCCCCAGGGGCCCUGCCAAGUGCCUCAGCGCCCCCGGGACCCCUACCAGGGGCAAUGGAGGCCCUCCCAGGGAUUUCGGCAUCCCCAGGGGCCCCUCCCAGGGGCGGUGGCGCUCCCAGUAACGAAGGCAAUCUCAAGGUCCCUUCCAGGUGCGGCGGUGCCCCUAGAUGCCCUCCUACGGACGACAGCGCCCUCAGGGACCCUCUCAGGGACAAUGAUAUCCCCAGGACCUCUCCCAGGGACGUAGUUACUCGCAGGGGCCCUCCCAGGGGCCCUACAAUAGGCGCCUUCUCCCAGAAGCCCUAUUCUUUGCUUGGUCGUGGUGUCUGCAAAAACAACUGCUCUCAGGGACCCUCAACGGACAGUGCUCCCUGGGGCUCUCUCACUUGCCCUGACAGAUGCAGUGCCCCCAGGGAAUCUUUCAAGGUGUCGGCGCCCCCGGGGAAUCUCCCAAGGGACGGCAAUCCCAGGGGCCCUGCCAUGGGCGUCAACUCCCCCAGAAACCCUCCCAGGGGUAACGGAGGCCCUUCCAGGGAUGGCGGUUUCCCUAUGGGCCCUCACAGGAACGGUGGUGCUCUCAGGGACGAAGGCGACCCCAAGGUCCUUUCCAGGUGUCGCGAUGCCCCCAGGUGCCCUCCCAAUGACGCCAGUGCCCCCAAAUGA